GAGGAAGCAGUACAUAUGUCUAUUUUGUCGGAUUCAAUCGAUCUUACAUUGUUGCAAGAGAAUGGUGACGAUGAGUGCACUUCUUACCUCAUCUCCGGACGUGUCGGCGAGGUGAAGACAUCCUGGUGUGCUGAAUGUAGAGUUCAUUUGAUCCACCUAACUAUCGAGGAUGAUUAUUUGGAUAUUGAGGUUGUUUUCCCAUCGAGAAACUUGCGCAAAAUUGUUUCAGAUGUAGUAAGUGAUAAAGAUAUGGCCAAUGCCGAUUUCGUUACCCUUAUCAACUUGAUUGGUGGAAACUCCUAUGAGUUUAUGGUCACAUUGGGUCCUUGGAACAAUGUGUCGAGUUAUUUUGAGCUGUUAUUGGUAAAAUUAUUU